AAUGGGAAGAGCUCCCUCACCGCCUAGAUUUGGUGGGGGUUUCUGCCGUCCCACUUACAAGUUAGAAAAAACCCUCAGACCAGCCAUUCGGGAAUCGCCAAAGCUUGAACUGGGCAUUGGAAGCUCAACCUCUUGACCGGCCAUGGAGGGCAAUAACAUGUGCAGCACAGCAAUUGACAUGGAAGAGUCAAUAAUACCCGACAGCCUCCCUCAUAAUACCAUUACCGCCGACCGAUCCACCGAUCAUUCGCCGGCUGCUGAAGAGGGCGAGGGUGGUCAGAUCCAUGACACCAGUGUAGUUGAACCCAAUGCCGCGGCAGGAUCGACACAGGCAGAGAGUACAGAAUUGGUGGAGGGCGAUGGGCAAUCCAGCACACCAAUAUCGAAAAACCAACUUAAAAAACUAAAACGACAACGGGUAUGGGAAGAGAGGAAGGGAGAUCGCAAACGCCUUCGGAAGGAGAGGAAGCAGGACAGGACAGCUAGAAAACGGGCAGAGAGAGAAGAAAGGAUCGCUGCAGCUGAAGCAGCAGGUUUGAAUCCCGAAGAGGUUCUCAAAACCGAGAAGCCCAGCAAGCAGCAGCUGAAUCCUGUCCCGGUUGCGUUCAUCCUCGACUGUGACUUCGAAGAGUACAUGCGGGAUCCGGAGAUCGUUUCUCUUUCGAGCCAGGUUGUUCGGUCUUAUUCGCAGAACCGGCACAGCAGUCACCAGGCCCACCUCUUCGUCAGCUCGUUUAAAGGGAAGAUGAAGACGAGAUUCGAGACAGUGCUUUCCAACAGCCACAAGCAGUGGAAGGGCACAUACUUCAUCGAGGAAGAUUUCCGAGAAGCGGCGAAAAAAGCGUCAGAGCUAAUGGCUGGCCCAGAUGGAGGCGAAUUGGUCGACGUGUUAAGAACAGACGGCGACCAGGCGGCCAAGCAAGGCCGUGUUCUGGACACCACGGAUGCUUCUCCUGUCCCAGAAUCCGAGUCGGUCGACGUGGACAAGUCUGUCGUAUACCUCAGCUCGGAAUCUCCAUAUACACUGGAAAAGCUCGAACCCUACACUAGCUACGUUAUUGGCGGCCUCGUCGACCGGAAUCGGGAAAAGGGGCUGUGCUACAGGCGGGCGAGGGAGAUGAAGGUUCGCACUGCCAAACUGCCGAUUGGCGAGUACAUGGCCAUGCAAAGUCGCUAUGUGCUCACCACGAACCAAGUGGUGGAGAUCAUGUCAAAGUGGCUCGAGUCCGGCGAUUGGGGAGAAGCAUUCCUGGGCGUCAUGCCGAAGAGGAAGGGAGGUGUUCUCAAGGGCCAGAGUUUGGAGACUCAGGACUCCGAUGCGAACGCUAAUGGCGGCAAGUCUCUCGAGGAUGAUAAGCAGAACGGGGAUUCAGACAACAUUGCCGAAGAGUCCGCCCAUAAUCCAGCUCCGGAAACCUGAUCAGACGGCCCGUCGCGAACCGUUCGCACGCCACCAUGUAAUGGAAGUGAAUCAAGUUCAGGGGGCUUUUAGAUACCAUACAAACAACUAUUGUACAUAUAUACAAACAGUCUUUCUAGUUUCUCGAGUUUCCGCUGCGCC